AUGAGGAGCAGCAACACGGCUCGGGAUUCAUGGAAGUAUCAACCAGCAACACAAGACCCUGAAUCUCUCAAAGAAGGACAGAAGGCUGAGGAGGGCAUUUUUGUGUAUGGAAAUCCUGUUUUUAAGAAGCGGAGGAAACUAUGGCAGGAGCUCACGGGAAACGUUAGCCUAAAAGCAGCUCCGGCCAUAAGCUCGGAUCAUUGUGCGCUCAUAUUGGAUUUACAACCGAGAGGGAGGAUAAAAAGAGAAUUCAAGUUUGAGACAUUUUGGGCUGAGCAUGAGGAGUGCAAAGAGGUGAUCAAGAAGGGCUGGCAACAAGAUGAUGGAAAUAGGAAUUGUUGGGGCAAAUUCAUAAGAAAGAGAAACAGUUGCAUAAGGGAGCUGAUGGAAUGGAGCAAACGAAAGUUUAAGAGAGCAGAUAAAGAACUAGAAAGAAAGAAAGCAGAAUUACAUCACAUCCAAGAGAACGAUAUGUCAGAAAGAGAUCAAAGAAGAGAGAGGGAAUUGAAGAACCAAAUAUCAGAGCUAUGGAAACAAGAGGAGAAAUAUUGGGGGCAAAGAUCAAGGCUGAAAUGGCUAAAAUGGGGGGACAAAAAUACAUCAUUCUUUCAUGCAACAACCAUUCAGAGAAGAAUUAGGAACAGAAUUGACAAAGUGAAAGAUGAAACAGGUCAGUGGAUACAAGGAGAGGCAAGCAUAAUGAGGUUAGUGGAAAGGCACUACACUAAAUUAUUCACCUCCGAAGGAGACAGAAAUCUGGAAGAGUGUGUAAAAGACAUACCAAAAAGAGUUACUAGAGAGAUGAAUGAGGAACUAAUGGCAAAAAUUAAAGAUGAGGAAAUAAGGGAGGCUGUUUUCAGUAUGGGAGGGCUGAAAGCUCCAGGGCCAGAUGGUUUAAAUGGGCUUUUCUUCCAACAACACUGGGAGAUCUUAAGCAAAGAAGUCUGUGGAGUAGUGAAGCAAAUUUUUGAAGAUGGAUGUAUACCAGGGGAUCUAGGGGAAACUACUGUUGUUUUGGUGCCCAAGGUUAGCCAACCUGAAAGCCUAAAUCAGCUCAGACCAAUAAGUUGCUGCAACUUUGCAUAUAAAAUAGUAACUAAGGUCUUGGUGGGAAGGCUAAGGAAAGUGUUAGAUCAAAUCAUAUCUCCUGUUCAGAGUGCAUUUGUCAAAGGAAGACAAGACAAUAUAAUUAUAGUGCAAGAAGCUUUUCAUAUGCUAAAUAAAAAAGGAAAUGCUGGAAGUCAGGACCUAGCGAUAAAAUUGGACAUGAAUAAAGCCUAUGAUAGAUUGGAGUGGAAUUUUUUGCAAAGGGUCAUGGAAGAACUUGGAUUUAGUAAUGAAUGGGUGAGGCUGGUUAUGAGCUGUGUUAAAAGCGUCACUUACAGAUUUAAAAUAAAUGGGAAGCUAUCCAGUAGAAUCACCCCUCAAAGAGGACUUAGGCAGGGAGACUCAUUAUCACCCUACCUCUUCAUCUUGGCAGCUGAAAGCUUCACUAUUCUGAUGGAAAAGGCGAGAAGGGAUAGGCUGAUUUCUGGAAUAAGAUUAGCUCAAUCAGCACCGGUCAUCACUCAUUUGUUAUUUGCUUAUGAUUGCAUAAUUUUUGCAGGUGCGGAAGAGGAGGAGAUAUUUCAACUAAUCCAGAUUUUAAACAAAUACACGGAGGCAUCAGGACAAAGAAUCAACACUGAAAAAUCCGGGCUAAUCUUUGGAAGCCAAGUAUCUAUACAAAAGAGGGUGAACAUAGAAGAGAUAACUGGAAUGGCGUCAUGGGAUGAUCCAGGAAGAUAUUUAGGGCUGCCUGCAAGAUGGGGAAGAUCCAAAAAUAGGGCGUUGGAGUGGAUAAAGGAGAAAAUACUUGACAAAAUGCAAGGAUGGAAAGAGAAGCUGCUAAACCAAGCUGGAAAGGAGAUUUUGAUAAAAGCAGUAAUUCAAGCGAUCCCGGCUUUUGCUAUGAACAUCAUCAAAUUCCCAAAAUCAUUCUGCAGAGAAAUCGAGGCUGCAAUAGCGAGAUUCUGGUGGGCAAACAACGGGAGGGAAAAAAGUAUCCAUUGGAAGAGCUGGAAAAAGUUGACUAAGAGUAAAACAAAUGGAGGCUUAGGGUUCAAGGAUUUCGAGUGUCAAAACAUUGCGCAUCUAGCGAAACAGACUUGGAGGCUACUAAAAGAGGGGGAAGCUAUUUGGGCAAAGACGCUAAAAGCAAUUUAUUACCCUAAUUGUAGCAUAUGGGAAGCGAAAGAAGGAAGAAAUGCGUCAUGGAUAUGGAAAAGCUUGUUGGAGGGAAGGGAUUUUAUUAGAAAGAAAGGCAGAUGGAGCAUAGGGAGUGGAAUGGAGAUAGAUAUAUGGGAGGAUAAUUGGGUGGCAGGAAUGGGGAAAUUGAGGAGAUAUGGAGAAGAACAAGUCAGAAAAGUGAGUGACCUUAUAAAGCAUGGAGAGGGCUGGAAUGAGAACAGAAUCAGGGAAAUAUUUUCGGGGAACAUAGCAGAAUCGAUCAUAAGAACACCUAUAAGCCUGAUUAACAAAAAGGAUAAUCUGAUCUGGCCAUACACAGCCGAAGGACAUUACACAGUGAAAUCAGGUUACCGGGCUGCGAAAGAGGAGAAAGAUGCAAAAGAAGAAAUAAAAUUAAAUGAAGCUUCAUCAAGUCAGAAUCACAGGGAGAUUUGGGGGACUAUAUGGGGACUACCAGUGCCACAAAAGAUCAUAAUGUUCUUAUGGAAAGCAGUGGAAGGUAUUCUACCAGUAAACAGUAAUUUGUAUAAGCGCAGAUGUGCAGUUAAGCCUUCAUGUAGCAUAUGCCAGGAUGAGAAUGAAACUGUUGAACAUGCCUUACUCUUAUGUCCGUGGACGAGGGCGGUUUGGUUCGGAUCGAGUAUUCAAAUAACACCUACAGCCUAUAAUGUGACAUCGUUUGGAAGAUGGAUAUGGGAUACAGUACAGAAAAUAAGAAGGGAGACAGGGAAGGAUCAGGAAAGAGUACUAUGUAAUCUGGGGUGUGUAUGUUGGUACAUUUGGAAGACAAGAAACCAAUACAUAUUCCAGCAAGCAACAAUCAAUCCAAAACAGGCAAUUAUCAAUGCAAAACAACUAGCAGAAGAAUACCACAACACAACAAGCGGGAGUAGCACACAACAUAAUUCAAGCAAAGGCAGGAUUGGGGAUAGGAAGAGAAUUACCUGGAGACCCCCACCACAAGACAGGUUGAAGGUCAAUACUGAUGCAGCGUUCCAGAAAGAUACAGGUAAGGCAGCUUCAGCCGUCGUCAUUAGGAAUUGGCAGGGCAAGAUCAUUACUGGGACAACAACAAAAUUUACCACAACUUCAGCACUAGCAGCAGAAGCUCAUGCAUACAGAGAAGCUCUAAUACUCAUAAAGAAUUUACAAAUAGAAAAUUGUAUAAUCGAAACAGAUUGUUUACCAUUGGUCCAAGCUGUUAAGGCGAGAACGCCAAUAGCGGAGGCAAACGCAAUUCUCAGAGACAUUCUGCAACUGCUUGAAGAGGCGCCAACUGUAGGAGCUACCUGGACUCCAAGGGAAGGCAACAUAGUAGCUCACCAAUUGGCAGCGAUGGCAAUGGGGAAUGUUCUCACGAGCCAGUGGACUUUCAAUAUUCCUAAUCCAGUUGGGCAUUCAUCCCCUACCAAUCAGCAAAGAAUGCAAACAGAAAAGGACAUACCUCUGAGGGGAGAAAUGCAUAUACGAGACAUGCAUCAAGCUGAAGGGGGAGAGAAGCAUCAACCCACUGCGUCACAGCGGCGAACCACGGAGAGGAGCAACCACAUUGGCAAAGAUGAGAGAGAAGAUCGACGAAGGAGUGCAGAUGGUCACGAGCCUUGGCGGGAAGCUUCGAUGCAGAGGAUUGCUGAGGCCGAGGCAACCCACCCAGAAGAACCAACGCGGAUGGAAGAUACAUCCAUGACAUUUGCAUUUUACCAUGGUGGAUUUGUUUAA